GCAUCAAAGCUCGUCUAUAAAAACCAGCCAAACCCGUCUCACAUCUCGUCACAAACUCGCGCGCGCCUCGUAAAAAGCAAGUCACGACACGAUCGGGUAUCGAGCCAGCUUUGCCAAGGCCAUGGCCGGAGCCCUCACCUUCGUCGCGGUCCUCCUCGCCGCCGCCGCCGGCGCCUCGAUGGCGACCACGCUGACGAUCCACAACCUCUGCCCGCACCCGGUCUGGCCGCUGGUCACCCCCAACUCGGGCCUUCCCUCCAUCUCCGACAACACGGCGCGCCUCGACCCCAACGCGCUGCUCUCCCUAUCCUUCCCGCCCACCUUCUGGGCCGGCCGCGUCGCCGCGCGCACGGGCUGCGACGCCGCGGCGUCGGGGUGCUGGACGGGCGCCGCGCCGCCGGUCACCGUCCACGACGGCGGCAACCUGGACCGGGCCGCCUACAGCGUCAGCCUGGUGGACGGCUUCAACGUGCCCGCCGUGGUCACCCCGCACGCCGCCGCCGGCGGGCAGUGCCCGGCCCUCGGCUGCGCCGUGGACCUCAACUGCGAUUGCCCGCCCGCGCAGCGCGCCGCCGAGGGCGCCGCGUGCCUCGGCCCGCCGGGGUUCUUCAAGAGCCGGUGCCCGCUCACCAGGACCACGCCCACCGACGUCGAGCCCACGCCGCAGAGCUGCCGCGCGCCCGGGGAGAUCAAGGUCGUCUUCUGCCAGGCGACCAUUGUCACUGGCGCCGCCGCCGCCGCCGCCGCGGACGCCGACGCCAUGGUCAUCCGCUCCAUCGUCGCCGACAGCUAGGUCGAUCCGUCGAGGCGUCCCGCUCGAUUGGCCAGAUGGCUUCGUGUGUGGAAUCGUUGUUGCCAUGAGUCCUUUUGUUCAUGUGUGUUGAGUCGGGCACUUUAGCUUUGGCUUCGAUGCGUGUACUCCUGCCGGUGUCAGUACUCAGUAGAACUCAGCCCCGAAGCAAAAUAAUAAUUCAAGUUCUAAACCUGAAUAUCAAUCUUUUGUGUAUUUA